AUGAGGCCUGCUGUCAGAUUAUGUAUUGAUGAAUCAUUUUCGAUCCUCCCACACCAGCUUCACCUCAACCCAUCUCCAUUCCUAUCAACAAAGGAGUCACUAUUCUUUCUCCACCUCUUUGCUACUGAGACCGCUCCACGGCUCUUUCCAGCUGCUCCCAGCAUUUUCGUACGUCAGUUAGUGAAUCGCGCCCUGGAAACACCUCACCUGCUUCAUGCACUCCUAGCAGCAGCGAGUAGUCAUCACGGCCGCUUGGUGGGAGAUGCCAGCGCGAGGUCAAGGACGACGACUCUGAAAUUCACCAACUUUGCUGUCUCCGGCCUACGUACUGCCCUCAGUAGGACAGAGGAGAUGCCAAAAGCAGAGACAACUAUGACGGCUCUCGCUUUAUGUACGAACGAUAUCUGUAAUGGAAACCGGGACAUAUGGCGGGCCCACUUGUCCGGAGCAACCCGUUUAUUGGCUGCUUUCUUGGAUAGCCAUACCGUAGCUUCAAGUGUUGCUGAUCCGUUUGGUUUGUGCUUGGUCAAAUGGUUUGCCACACUAGAUACUAUGGCGAAUUUGACAGGAGUCAGUGCAAGCCCAACCGAUAGAGAUCCGUGUUGGUAUCUGGGCAAAAUUCCUGACACGCAGGUUGGCUACGUGGACGAUAUAUCUGGUUACUCCCCGGAGCUUAUACCAAUGUUGGCUCUACUGGGACAGAUGGCAGGCCGGCAAGAUUUAUGUACGGCAGCAAAAUAUGACGUACAGUUCAUCAUACCAUGGCAGCUGUUGGAAGAGGCUCAGGAGCUGGAAUCCAAGAUCAAGUCUAUUACAGACAGGACUGUUUCAGAUUCCACGUUGAAAAAUCAUAAUAGUGCGCUCACGGUUGACUUACAGCACACCCAUCGUGCCUUUGUCCAUGCCUCCCUGCUUCAUCUUCACCGCCGGGUUCAAUUACUUCCAAGGGACCACAGUCAAGUCAAGGAAGAUAUCACCAACAUCGUCAACGCUGUUUCAAAUAUCGAUCCCUUCUCUCCUGCCAACAUACUUAUCCUAUGGCCAAUGUUUAGUGCUGGCUGUGAGACUAGCUUUGUGAGCGAACGUAAUCUGAUCCAAGACCGCAUGGCCAAUAUGCAAAGUCUUGGAUUGGGGAAUUACACUAGAGCCAGAGAUAUGUUGAGAAUAUUCUGGUCGUCUGGUACUUCUAUGCCAUGGGAUAUUUACUUUGCGGAACAGGGGAUACAGCUGGUUUUAUUUUGA